UAAUGAUUUUUUUUUUUAUUAUCUUCUAAAAUAUUGCUUAUGCUAAGAAAAACUACAUAAGAAGCACAGAGCAAGGGUAAGAGGCAUAGAGAGACAGAGAUAGAGCAGAAACUACUACUUCUAGUUUUAUAGGUCCUCUACCACUCUAUGAUUUUUUCUUUCACUUGAUCAACCAUAUUGAGAAUCUAUACAAUAGUAUCAACCUUUGUGCUUAGUUACUAGAAGCAAUAGAGGCUGAAUUGAAUGGAUAUUUCUGCUUCACAAUACAGCAGUGCUAGUGAAUCUGGUUGGACCCAUUACUUGGACCAAUCCUCUUUUUCUGAAAGUUACUUCCAAAGAAGAGGUGGGAUUGGGGAGUGUGAAGAAGGAAAAGGAGCAACAAUGGAGGAGUCUGAAGAGGAUUUGUCCAUGGUUUCGGAUGCUUCUUCUGGACCUCCACAUUAUGACAAUGAAUGUCAUUAUGGAAAUUGGCAAUAUCCUUACAGUUCUUCUACAACCAAAGAAUCCCAGAAGAAGAAGAAGGUUAAAGAAUAUGGAAGAAUUCAACAACCUUCACUUCUUGAUGACACUGCAAGCUCCCCUGAUUUUAGCUGGCCCAAUGAGAGUCACAAGAAGCAAGACAAUUUCUCAGGGAAUGGAGGAGUAGAAAGUGAAUUGGAUUUUUCACAAUGUGUAUCUGCAACAAGAACAAAGAGAAAGACUAAAUUCCAGAAGCACUUCAGUUUUGGAAAACUAUCUUCACAGGAACCAGGUGGUAUAGAUGGAGGAAAAGGGAAAUGAAAGAUUUUGUGGUAGCUAAUUAGCUAUUGUCACUGCUGCUGCAUUGCUGUGAAAAGAGAGACCACAGGAUGUCAAAGGAGAGAAGCUGUUCAGUGUCUGUCAAAAGAAACCCCCUUUCUUUUCUUUUCUUCUUUUUUUCCCUCUUGUUUUUCUCUUUUCUUUUUCCAAAAAGAUUAGGAAAAGAAAAGCUCUCAUCUCAUGGCUUAAUUUCACUUUUUUCAAUUUUCUCCUAUGUUACUUACAGUUGGGAACAACCUAAGAGAAUAUAAGAAACUGAAUAAGGUUUCUGUCUUCCAUUUUCUUUUGUUGUAAUCAGUGGCAGGCAUAUCUGGGACUUCCCAAGUCUUCUUCAUUA